GCCAUUUAUUAUCACUUCCACUCUUCUACAUCGAUCCGUGUCGGUAACGUAGAGGUGAAUUGUGUUCAUCCUUUGUUGUAAAUUUUGCGUUUUCAACCAUUGACGGUUUAUUUUAAUAUGCAGGGCCAAUCGGUCUCUGUAAAUAGUCAAAAUCAAAUCAACGGAACCCUACCUCUCGGCACACAAGUCAUCCUGAAAAUGAACGACGCGAUUCCCAUGAAUUCGGUCGGCUUGUUGGAGCUGGCACAUCGCGAAUAUCAAGCAGGAGAUUAUGAGAACGCCGAGAGACAUUGCAUGCAACUAUGGAGACAAGAUCAGACAAAUACCGGGGUGCUGUUGCUGCUAUCCAGUAUUCAUUUCCAGUGUCGAAGGUUGGAGAAGUCAGCACAUUUCAGCACAUUGGCCAUUAAACAAAAUCCCUUGUUGGCUGAAGCUUACAGCAAUCUUGGUAAUGUGUUCAAAGAACGCAACCAGUUGCAGGAAGCGUUGGACAAUUAUAGACAUGCUGUUAGGUUAAAGCCAGAUUUUAUUGAUGGGUACAUCAAUUUGGCCGCUGCCCUGGUAGCGGCUGGUGAUAUGGAGCAAGCUGUUCAAGCCUACAUCACAGCUUUACAAUACAACCCAGAUCUCUACUGUGUUCGUAGCGAUUUGGGUAACCUACUCAAAGCUUUAGGGCGUUUAGACGAAGCCAAGGCUUGUUAUUUGAAAGCGAUCGAGACCAGGCCCGACUUCGCGGUCGCCUGGAGCAAUCUGGGGUGCGUGUUCAACGCCCAGGGCGAGAUAUGGCUCGCCAUUCACCAUUUCGAGAAAGCCGUGGCCCUGGACCCGAACUUCUUGGACGCCUACAUCAAUUUGGGCAACGUGCUCAAAGAGGCCCGAAUAUUUGACCGAGCGGUAGCAGCGUACCUCAGGGCGCUGAAUUUAUCGCCAAAUAAUGCGGUCGUCCACGGUAACCUCGCCUGCGUCUACUACGAGCAGGGACUCAUCGAUCUGGCGAUCGACACCUACAGAAGAGCUAUCGAGCUACAGCCCAACUUCCCGGACGCAUAUUGCAACUUGGCCAACGCGCUCAAGGAAAAAGGACAGGUUUCGGAAGCUGAGGAUUGCUACAACACGGCGUUGCGACUAUGCCCGAGCCACGCGGAUUCCCUCAACAACUUGGCGAACAUCAAACGGGAGCAGGGCUUUAUCGAGGAAGCGACCAGGCUGUAUCUGAAAGCUCUGGAGGUGUUCCCGGAAUUCGCGGCCGCCCACAGCAAUCUGGCGUCUGUAUUGCAGCAACAGGGCAAAUUGAACGAAGCCCUGAUGCAUUACAAAGAGGCGAUCAGGAUCCAGCCGACGUUCGCCGACGCUUACUCGAAUAUGGGUAACACGUUAAAGGAGAUGCAGGACGUCUCCGGCGCGUUGCAGUGUUAUACACGCGCCAUUCAAAUCAAUCCGGCGUUCGCCGACGCGCACAGCAACCUCGCCAGCAUCCACAAGGAUUCAGGCAACAUCCCAGAAGCGAUCCAAUCGUACCGGACCGCAUUGAAAUUGAAACCGGACUUUCCGGACGCCUACUGCAACCUGGCGCAUUGUCUGCAAAUCGUGUGCGAUUGGACCGACUACGACGCGCGCAUGAAGAAGCUGGUCAACAUCGUCGCCGAUCAGCUGGAGAAGAACCGGUUGCCGUCGGUGCACCCCCACCACUCUAUGCUGUACCCUUUGUCUCACGAGUUUAGGAAGGCGAUCGCCGCCAGACACGCGAACCUUUGCUUGGAGAAGGUGAACGUGCUCCACAAGCCUCCAUACCGGUUCUCCGCCGAGCUGAAGGGACGAUUGCGGAUCGGCUACGUGAGCAGCGACUUCGGCAACCAUCCGACUUCGCAUUUGAUGCAGUCGGUACCCGGUCUGCACGACAGGCUUAAGGUUGAGGUUUUUUGUUACGCGUUGAGUCAAGACGACGGCACGACAUUUAGGAGCAAAAUAUCGCGCGAAUGCGAGCACUUUAUCGAUUUGUCUUCCGAGUCCUGCAACGGCAAGGCGGCCGACAGGAUCUAUUCGGACAACAUCCACAUUUUGGUGAACAUGAACGGCUACACCAAGGGCGCCCGCAACGAGAUAUUCGCCCUCAGGCCGGCCCCCGUGCAAGUGAUGUGGCUCGGUUACCCCGGCACGAGCGGCGCGAGCUUCAUGGACUACUUGAUCACGGACGCGGUCACCUCCCCAGUAGAACUGGCCAGCCAGUACAGCGAAAAACUGGCUUACAUGCCGUAUACUUAUUUCGUCGGCGACCACAAGCAGAUGUUCCCGCACUUGAAGGAACGUCUCAUCGUGUCCGACCGUAGCGGUAACGGUUUGGCGGAUAACGUCGCCAUCAUAAACGCGACCGAUCUGUCGCCGCUCGUGGAAAACACCGACGUCAAAGAAAUCAAAGAGGUGGUGAAGGCGGCGAAGCCGGUCGAGAUCAGUUUGAAGGUGGCCGAACUGCCGACCACUACGCCGAUCGAAAACAUGAUCGCCUCUGGGCAAGUACAGACCUCGUUGAACGGCGUUCUGGUCCAGAACGGGCUGGCUACCACGCAGACCAACAACAAGGCCGCGACCGGCGAAGAAGUGCCCCAAAAUAUCGUCAUUACCACGAGGCAGCAGUACGGUUUGCCUGACGAUGCGGUGGUGUACUGCAACUUCAAUCAGCUGUACAAGAUUGAUCCGACUACCCUGCAAAUGUGGGUUAAUAUUUUGAAAGCGGUUCCCAACUCGGUACUGUGGCUGCUGCGUUUCCCUGCAGUCGGCGAGCCGAACCUCUUGAACACGGCCCAACAGUUGGGGCUGCCGCCGGGCCGUAUUCUCUUCAGCAACGUUGCCGCUAAAGAAGAGCACGUCAGACGCGGUCAGCUGGCUGACGUGUGCCUCGAUACGCCCCUGUGCAACGGUCACACGACCAGCAUGGACGUAUUGUGGACGGGCACGCCGGUCGUCACAUUGCCCAGCGAGACGCUGGCCUCCAGGGUGGCCGCUAGUCAGCUGAACACCCUCGGCUGUCCCGAGUUAAUCGCGAGAUCGCGACAGGAGUACCAAGAGAUCGCCAUCCAGCUCGGAACGGACAAGGAGUAUUUGAAGGCGAUGCGGCACAAAGUGUGGACAGCGAGGUCGACGUCACCCUUGUUCGAUUGCAGAGAGUACGCUCAAGGGUUGGAGUUGCUCUACAUGAAAAUGUGGGACAGGUUCCAGAACGGACUGAAGCCCGACCACAUAACGGACACGACGGUCCAGAAAUGGCCGUGAGGAUAUGUAAAUUUGAAUAUAACCAUAUUACCGUGAUAGCGAGGGACGACGGGCGUCGACUUUAGAACGCAAAAAGCAAUUAACUAUUUGACGUUUAUAUUUGCAGCCGCGGCAGAAUCUUGACGAUUUCUGUCAAAGUUGCGGUUCUAAAGCCGAUAGGCCCGUCGCCAUUUUAUCGGAUUAUUUUGAUUGGAGCAAAGUUAUUGAAUGACACGUUGUUUUUUUUUUUCGGAUUACCGACGGGGGUAUGCGAAAUAUUAGUUUCAACGCGGAGGAAUUUUGUAUAUGGCGUUUUUAGCUUCUAAGGUUAGUUUUAGGCGCGCUAGAGUGGACGAUGACACAUUGUCAUUGUGACGAUGUAUUAUUUAUAUAUUCCAGUGAGAGUAAAGUAUUCAGGUAUUUAUUUCCUCAA